AUGGAAAACCAUACUGAGGUCACUGAAUUUGUCUUGGAGGGAUUUGAGGAUGAUGCUAACACACAGCUAGUUCUCUUCAUCCUCUUUUUGGUGAUGUAUAUUAUCACUUUUAUGGGAAAUGCUGGCAUGAUCUUAAUUACCAGUAUGGACUCCCAUCUCCAUACUCCUAUGUACUUUUUCCUAAAAAACCUUUCUUUCCUGGAUAUUUGCUACUCUUCAGUCAUCACGCCCAAAGCCAUGAUUAGUUUUGCAAGUGGGAGCAAACUCAUUUCUUACAAUGGAUGUGCCACACAAAUGUUCUUCUUUUCUCUUUUUGGGACCACAGAAGCAUUCUUCUUGGCUGUAAUGGCAUAUGACCGGUUCACUGCCAUUUGUAGCCCACUGCUCUACCAUACCAUUAUGACCAAGAAAAGGUGUAUUGGCCUCAUGGGCAUCUCUUAUCUCUUUGGGUAUGUCAACUGUUGUGCCCAAACGGGGUUCACAUUCAGCUUGUCAUUUUGUGAGCCAACCAAAAUAAAUCACUUCUUCUGUGAUGUCCCAGCUGUUAUGAAGGCCUCCUGCUCAGACACAUUUGUGAAUGAACUGGUGCUACUAGUGUUAUGUGGAUUUAUCAUUGUCAUCACAGCCAUCAUUGUUCUAGUGUCUUAUGCCUAUAUUGUGACUACCAUUUUACAUAUGCCUUCUGUCAAAGGAAGACGUAAAGCCUUCUCAACUUGUACCUCCCAUUUAAUGGCAGUUAGCUUAUUCUUUGGGACAGUCUUCUUUAUGUACGCACAACCUGGGGGCAUUUCAUCUCCCAAUCAAGGGAAAGUGAUGUCAGUGUUUUAUACAAUUGUCAUCCCAAUGCUAAAUCCCCUAAUCUAUAGUUUAAGGAACAAGGAGGUAAAAGAGGCUUUGAAAAGGCAAUUUGGAAGGAAAGGGGUUGCCUUCUGA